AUGCGCAGCUUGAGUAGAUUCCUAUUCCGUCGUCCUUAAUUAUGGGUGAAUCGAUUUGCCAUCCCCUUACAAAGGAAAUGUGUUUAUGGGUUCAGCAAUGGUAACUUGUGAUUGAAUAACAAUAUAUUAGGUGCCUAAAAUAACUCUAACAUUAAGUUGAAAACAAUACCUCUUUAGAAUUACUCUUGUGAUCCUGAGGAGGUUGACUCUAAAAUAGGGACAACUGAUUUCUGUCUUUUUAGUUCAGUCCAGCCUAUCUUUCCCAAUAAUCCAAUGAAUUGUUAAAUAAAGAUAGGGAAUCUAAAACGUAUCACGAGGCCACUUCUUUACACUAUCAUUUCACCGGACAAUGGGGAAAUCUUUACAAUCGGAAUCGCUUUGAGUAAAUCGGUUGAAAAGAGUUUAAAUUCUGAACUCAAAGUAUUGGAAUAGAGAGAUGCCAAUGGGAAUAUCUUGAUCAAUGAUCCGAUGAACAAUACAUUUAAUUUGGAUAUUAUUUCAAAGUCUGUAAGUGAUUUAAAAUAAUAAGAUAGAAAAAUUACAGAUUCAAAAUAACUAAAAUAGAAAUGACUCCAGAUGGAAUAUUUGCCCAAGGAGUACCUUACAAGGAUCGACCUCUCACUUAAGCAGAAUUACAGAUUGAUAUAAAAAAUGAAGUUAAACAGAUAAGUUCUCUUGUAUCUUAAAUCAGAAAAUUGGCUUAAAUAGAUAGGAUAGAAGCAUUUACAGAAGUCAAAUACUCUCUUCUUGACUCAAGUGAAAAAUUAACAGCCACUCAAAUAGAUGAAAUUGUUUAUUAGGUAGCUGCCGGACUUUCAAAAUUAUAAACAAAUAAUUUGAAAUUGAAUACAUCUCAAUUUGUGUAAUAACUAUUGGAGAGUUAAACAUAUAUUGAAAGAUUAUUUAUUUUGAGAAAACAACUCGAAAACAUGUAAGGAGUAUUAGAUUUAGUAAACAAACAUUUCAAAGAAUCAGAUUCAUCAUUAUUGAAAUUGCAUCAAUAAACCUUAGCCAAAUUAGCAACUGAAUAUAUCAGGUAGAAUUAUUUAAAGGAUGCUCCUAAUUCAUAAUCCUAUGGAGGAUCAGUUGGAUCUCAAUCCCAAGUUGGAGAAAAAGUAUGUAAUUCCACUAAUUUAGCAAAAGCAAUCGGUGUUAGUGAAGAAAUAUUAAGAUAAACUCUCUCUAAUUACAGAUGAAUCAUCGAGAGAAAAAGUCAAAAGAGAAAUUGAGCGAUUCAGUCUUCUUGAUAAACAAAGUUCAGAAUUUCAUAAAAUUAAUUCCUAUUUAGAUGAAGUGUUUAGUAUUCCAUUUUCUAAAUUCACAGUAAUAUUGUAUUUAAAUAUAAUAGCCUGUUCAAUGGGAUAUUUAAUAUGCAAAAGAUGUCUUAAACAAAGAAAUUGAGGGAUUAGAAAAAGUUAAGGAAAGAAUAAUCGAAAUGAUUUCAGUCAACAAAUUAAAGAAUUCAGGUUAAAAAGCUAAAGGAUUUAUUCUCCUUUUGAAUGGUCCUCCAGGAACAGGUAAAACAUCUAUUGCAAAGAGUAUUGCCAAAGCAUUAAAAAGAACUUCAAGAUUCAUUUCUUGUGCAGGUGUGGCUGAUCCAACAUUCUUUAAAGGUCAUAAAAGAACUUAUGUUGAUUCUAUGCCAGGCGUAUUUAUAAGAGAAUUAAUAAAAUCUAAUACAAUGAACCCUGUAUUUAUUUUAGAUGAAUUGGAUAAAGUUUCAAAACAUCAUGCUGGUGGUGCUGAUCCAUAUUAUACUCUAUUGGAGAUUCUGAAUCCUGAAGAGAAUCAUAACUUUACAGAUCACUAUAUGGAUAUCAGUGUUGAUUUUUCAAAUGUGAUAUUCAUAUUAACAUCUAAUGACACACUCUAAAUGCUAGAACCACUUAAAAAUAGAUUAGAAACAAUUGAUAUUUAAGCAUACAUCCAGGAGGAGAAAUUACAAAUAGCUAAUAAUUUUCUUGUAAACAAAAGUAUAGAGAGUAAUGGAAUAAAACAAUAAAUGAUUAAAUAUGAUAAUGAAACUCUGAUUAAAAUAAUCAAAGCCUGGUGUUAUUAGGAAAGUGGAGUUAGAGAAUUAAAAAGAUGCUUGGAAAAGAUUGCCAGAAAACAUGCAACCAAUUUACUAACUGCUAAUCCUAAUCUAUGUGAUAAGGUUGAUGAAUUGAAUUAAGUUGUAUUUGAUCCAACCAUUUCAAGCUUAGAUCUAACCAAGGAUAAAAACUUAGAACUAAUAUCAUAAUAUUUAGGACCUCCCAUCUUUGAUAUUCAAUUGGAAUAGAGAUCCAUUAAAAAAUUUCCACCUGGCUAAGUUAACAUUCUGACUGUUGGCGGUAUGAUAGGACAUGUUUUGACAGUUGAAAGUUGCUUUGAUGAAAGUGAAAUAGAAAAGAAAGGAUAAAUUGUAGCAUCUGGAAACAUUAAAUUAGUGCUAUAAGAAUCAUUAAAGUUAGCCAAAAUCAACGCAUAUAAAUAUCUUAACGAAGAAUAAAAAUAGCUAUUAUCAAAAUCAGCUAUUCAUAUGCAUUUUACUGAAGGGGCUACUCCUAAAGAUGGACCUUCUGCAGGCACUGCUAUCACAACAGCCUUAAUAAGUUUAGUUACUAAUUUUACUGUUCCCAGCAACUUAGCUAUGACUGGAGAAAUCUCUUUAAAUGGAUAAGUCUGCAAAAUUGGUAUUUCUUUAUUUCCAUUCUUAGGUGGUAUUUAAUAAAAGCUUAUCGCUGCCAAGACUCUUCAUAUUGUUGAUAUAAUUUUGCCUUAUGCAAAUUUAGGAGAUGCAUUGAAUCUGCCAUCAUAAUUAUUAAAGGGACUAAAUCUAUACUUCGUAACAGACUACCAAUAAAUUUAUGAUUUGAUUUUUGAUCAAUAGAUAGGAAACGUUAAUUAUACAUUAAAUACAAUUAAGGAUGGAAUUUAUGAAACAAUUUAAAAUGGAUCAAAGGAGUAAAUAUAAUAAUCAAUUAAUUGUUGA